AUGGCCCACAACCACGACCACCACGAGCCAGGCCAUCAUGCGCAUGGGCACAAGCAUGGCCGCUUCCAAGUCAGCCGAAAGACCCGACUCAGGGCCGUGAUAGCCAUAUCUUUCUGCUUCUUCGCGGCCGAAAUCUCCGUAGGCUUCUAUACAUCAUCACUUGCCCUGGUAGCUGAUGCCUUCCACUAUCUCAACGACCUUAUCGGAUUUAUCGUGGCCCUGGUAGCUGUCCAGGUGACAGAGCGCAAGACUUCACCUCCAGAUCUCUCCUUCGGUUGGGCGCGGGCCUCACUCCUCGGCGCCUUCUUCAACGGCUCUUUCCUUCUCGCCCUCGGCGUCAGCAUCACACUACAAUCUAUCGAGCGCUUUAUCUCCAUUGAACGCGUCGACAAUCCCAAACUAGUCCUGAUUGUGGGUUGUGUUGGCCUAGCUCUCAACAUCAUCAGUGCCUUGUUCCUACAUGAGCAUGAUCACGACCACGGCCCUGGUAGCAGCGGCGACGAGGAGAGUAUGUCACUUGCGCCAAUGCAUGCCAAUCACCUGCACAUAUCCGCGAAACCAAAGAAGCACGGAAUGGAUCUGGGUAUUCUCGGAGUUCUCAUCCACGUUAUCGGCGACGCGAUCAACAACAUCGGUGUCAUCAUCUCCGCCGUUAUCAUAUGGUUCGUCAAGUCGCCUAAUCGUUAUUAUGCCGACCCAGCAGUUAGUAUGUGGAUCGCCAUCAUGAUACUUCUCACUGCAAUUCCCCUCACGAAGCGUAGCGGCAAGAUUCUGCUCCAGUCUGCUCCCCUGGGCGUCAAGAUCGAGGACGUCAAACACGAUUUGGAGGCCAUUCCUGGUGUGCUUAGUGUGCACGAACUGCACGUCUGGCGUCUGGAUCAGAAGAAAGCUGUCGCAUCAGCACACGUUGUGGUCAGUGACCCUGACAUCGCGAGCUUCAUGAGCAAAGCCAAGAUUUUCUCUGAAUGUCUGCAUGCGUACGGCAUUCACUCGGCAACACUACAGCCUGAGCUGGCUGCUUCUUCGGACAGGCUCCAUGAGGCUGAAGAUGGAGGCAGAGAAACAUCCGAAGGCGUUCCUAAAAUGUCCACCAAAGAAAUCCACAAGUACGGCACCGACGAUGGCUGGCACGGCAUCAUCCAAGAAGGAGGUGACUUCCCACCCGAGAAAGACAGAUACCACCUCUACAUCGGUCUCUUCUGCCCCUUCGCCCACCGCCCAAACCUAGUCCGACACCUCAACCACCUCCAACCCUACCUCCCCAUCUCCAUCGUCCGCCCCUACCCAAAGGGCGAACCUGGCUGGCGCUUCGACGCCAGCUACCCUAACGCAACACCCGACCACCUCUUCGACAGCCAGUUCAUGCACCAGAUCUACUUCCGCGACGACCCAGCUUACAAGGGGAAAUACAGCGUGCCGCUUCUGUGGGACAAGAAGAGCGGUCGUAUAGUGAAUAAUGAGAGUGCGGAGAUGUUGAAGUGGUUACCGCGGGCUUUUGAUUCCGUGUUGAAGAGUGAGGGGAAGGGUGUGGGAUACGACUUCUAUCCCGAGGAGCUGAGGCAGAAGAUCGAUGAGAUCAGUCCGUGGUUGCAGUCGCUGAUUUGCGCGGGCGUGUAUAAAUCGGGUUUCGCGCCGACUCAAGAAGGCUACGAGAAGGGUGUUGUUCCGCUUUUUGCUGCGCUGAACCGACUGGAAGAACUUGUGCACAAGAACGGCGGACCGUAUGUCCUGGGCGACAAGCUGACUGAACUCGAUCUCCUGGCUUAUCCGACGAUCGUCCGUUUCGACACGGUAUACUCGCAGCAUUUCAAGACGAAUCUGGGUUCCAUACGGCAUGACUACCCUGUUCUGAACAAUUGGCUCAAGAAUCUGUAUCACAACGUCGAGGGGUUUAAGGAGAGUACGGAUUUCAGGCAUAUCAAGGAGAAUUAUACGAAGAGUCAUGGCGAUAUCAACCCGCUUAGUAUCACGCCGCUAGGACCGUAUCCGGACGUGGAAGAGGGGUAUGAGAAGGAUUGGAGUAAGUUGAAGCCUGGGAAGGUAGCGCAUCCGCGGGUCUUGGAGGAACAGAGUAAGCUUUGA